UCUCAGAAGAAGAAACCUAAACCCCAUUCUAUUUCUGCUUCUUUCCAAUAAAUAGUCUUUCACUCACUUGCUUUAGAAAGUCUUUUCUGUUACAAAGAAGAAGAGAAAAUAACACUUGUCUUUACAAUCAAAGGUAAAUGGAUCCACGAAAGUUUACAAACAAAACAAACGAAUCAUUUGCUGUUGCUAGAAAACUAGCAAUAAGUUCAGGACAUGCUCAGCUCACUCCCAUACACCUUGCAUCCACUUUAAUUUCUGAUCUCAAUGGUAUAUUUUUCCAAGCAAUUUCCAAUGUCGGUGGUGACGAAUCUGCACGUUCCGUGGAAAGAGUUUUAAAACAAGCCCUGAAAAAAUAUCCUACUCAACAGCCUCCACCACAACAUGUACCAGAAAGCUCUUCCAUUAUCAAAGUCAUUGAAAGAGCACAGGAAGCACAGAAGUCACGCGGCGACACUCAUUUAGCAAUUGAUCGAUUGAUUUUGGGAAUUCUUGAGGAUUCUCAAAUUGCAGACUUGUUGACAGAAUCUGGUGUGGCUGCUUCUAGGGUUAAAUUAGAGGUUGAAAAUCUUCGCAGUAAAGAAGGGACGAAAGUUGAGAGUGCUUAUAGUGACAGUAAAUUUGAAGCGUUGAAAACUUAUGGUAGAGACUUGGUCGAACAAGCAGGGAAACUUGAUCCUGUUAUUGGACGCGAUGAAGAGAUAAGAAGGGUUGUGAGGAUUUUAUCAAGAAGGACAAAGAACAAUCCUGUUAUUAUAGGUGAGCCAGGUGUUGGUAAAACAGCUGUUGUUGAAGGGCUGGCUAAGAGAAUAGUUAGAGGAGAUGUUCCUAGCAAUCUUGCUGAUGUUAGGUUAUUUGCUUUGGAUAUGGGAGCGUUAGUCGCUGGUACUCAGUAUAGGGGACAAUUUGAACAAAGGUUGAAGGCAGUUUUGAAAGAAGUGGAAGAUGCUGAAGGGAAGGUUAUUGUUUUCAUUGAUGAAAUUCAUCUUGUUCUCGGUGCCGGUCAAUGUCAAGGAUCAAUGGAUGCUGCUAAUCUUUUGAAACCUAUGCUUGCUCGUGGCCAACUUAGAUGCAUCGGUGCAACAACACUUGAUGAAUAUAGAAAAUAUGUUGAAAAGGAUGCAGCAUUUGAAAGGAGGUUUCAACAGGUUCAUGUUUCUGAACCUAGUGUGCCUGAUACCAUUAGUAUUCUUCGUGGACUAAAAGAGAAAUACGAGGGUCAUCAUGGUGUUCGAAUUCAAGACCGUGCAAUUGUUGUUGCAGCUCAGAUGUCUAGUCGGUACAUAACUGGGCGUCGUCUUCCUGAUAAGGCAAUUGAUUUAGUUGACGAGGCUUGUGCAAAUGUUAGAGUUCAACUUGACAGUCAGCCAGAGGAAAUUGACAACCUUGAAAGGAAGAGAAUGCAACUGGAAGUGGAACUUCAUGCUUUGGAGAAAGAGGAGGACAAAGCUAGCAAAGCUCGUCUUGUCGAUGUGCGGAAAGAACUUGACAAUUUAAGAGACAAGCUUCAGCCUCUGAAGAUGAAGUAUAUCAAAGAGAAAGAGAGGAUUGAUGAGAUUCGAAGUCUGAAACAGAAACGUGAAGAGCUCCUCUUUGCACUACAAGAGGCUGAGAGGCGGUAUGAUCUAGCCAGAGCUGCAGACCUACGAUAUGGUGCAAUUGAAGAGGUGGAAAAUGCAAUAAAAAAUCUUGAAGGUAGCACUGAUGGGAACAAAGGUGAGAACUUGAUGCUGACAGAAACUGUUGGACCAGAUCAAAUUGCUGAGGUUGUUAGCCGAUGGACCGGUAUACCAGUGACUCGUUUAGGCCAAAAUGAUAAAGAAAGGUUGGUUGGACUUGGAGACAGAUUGCAUACUAGAGUUGUGGGACAAGACCAAGCAGUUAAAGCUGUCGCUGGGGCUGUAGUAAGGUCGAGAGCUGGUCUAGGAAGACCACAACAACCAACUGGUUCCUUCCUAUUCCUUGGUCCAACUGGUGUCGGUAAAACAGAACUUGCUAAGGCUCUUGCUCAACAACUCUUUGAUAAUGAAAAUCAGAUGGUUAGACUUGACAUGUCGGAAUACAUGGAGAAAUACUCCGUAUCAAGAUUGAUUGGUGCACCACCAGGGUAUGUUGGGCAUGACGAAGGCGGACAAUUAACUGAAGCUGUAAGGAGAAGGCCUUACAGUCUAGUACUUUUUGAUGAAGUAGAGAAAGCACAUACAUCUGUAUUCAACACUCUGCUUCAAGUCCUAGAUGACGGAAGAUUAACUGAUGGCCAAGGAAGAACUGUGGAUUUUAGGAACACAGUCAUUAUCAUGACCUCAAACCUCGGCGCCGAUCAUCUCAUAAGUGGACUUUCAGGAAAUUGUACCAUGCAAGUUGCUCGCGACCGAGUAAUGCUGGAAGUAAAAAAGCAUUUCCGGCCAGAAUUGUUGAAUAGGCUAGACGAAGUUGUUGUAUUCGAUCCACUAUCUCACGAGCAAUUGAGGAAGGUUGCAAGGUUGCAAAUGAAGGAUGUUGCUAGUCGUCUUGCCGAGAGAGGAAUUGCAUUGGCAGUUACUGAUCCAGCACUAGAUUAUAUACUUGCUGAAAGCUAUGAUCCCGUGUACGGUGCUAGACCAAUUUGGUGGCUUGAGAAGAAUGUGGUGACAGAGCUAUCUAUGAUGCUUAUAAGGGAAGAAAUUGAUGAGAAUACAACUGUUUGCAUUGAUGCUGGUCCUAAGGGAAGUGAUUUGGUAUACCGUGUCGAAAAGAAUGGAGGGAUUGUAAAUGCUGAAACUGGGGUGAAGUCAGAUAUUUUGAUUCAGAUACCAAAUGGACCAAAAAUUGUCGGUGAAAAUGGAUAUGAGGUCAUUGGCGAUGAUGAAAUGGAAGAGUAAGCUUUAUAUAGUCCUUGAAUGUAUCGAAAUUGCAAACAUAUCGCACAAGUAUCUCUUUUAUCAGUUGUUUUGGUCCACAAAAUGGCUGUGUUUUUUGUUGACAAAAGACGUUUUAGCGACGUGUUUGCAAUUUGUGUACAUUAUGUCUGUUUGUUUGCGCAGAAAUUGAGACGAGAGAGAUACCUACGACAGAUUAUAAGAAGAAAGUCUAAAGUUCUUUCGUUUGGAAAGCGAAGAAAUAGCAGCGAGAGAGGUCUAAAGCAUGGGACCCACCCCAAAAUCCUUUCUCUUCCAAUAUGCGAAGAAAGCGCACCACUUUGCUGCUUUUCCAGUUAUGCCACUAACUUAUUACAACACGUCUUCUCUUUUAUCAGUUUUAUGUUCCAACAUUUUAUUCAAUUAAAUUAAAUUUGCACACUAAU